AUGUCUUCGUACUACCAGUUCAACCACCACCAGGCGCAUCCCACCCCGGCUGUCCCCGGCGCCUCCCACAACCACCAUGGCGGCCGGAACCGCAGAGCGCCCAGACUCUCCGUCUCUCAGAACCAGCACAAGCAGUUCCGCGGCGUGCGCAGCAUGAAGGAGCUGACCGAGUCUGCCACCAUCAACGCUUUCCGCACAAAGUUCGAGGCCGGUCGCUCCUUCGACCUCGAGGACGACAUGGAGUUCUGCCCCGGCCUUUUGACUGACAGCGACCAGUCGGGCAUGAAGCUUCACCAGCCUUCGGCCACCCGCGCCCGCAACGCCAUCCCCAUCGUCAACCCGGCUACCGGCAUCACCAUGUCCAGCCCGUCGCCUUCGGUGUCCCCCGCUAGGAUGCAGCAGGGCAUCCGCAGAUGGUAA